AUGGCCAAUUCCCCAAUUCAAUUGUCGCUUCAGACAGCCGGCCAAAGCCCGCCACUGUCGGCUCAAGCCCCAUCGAGUCUCACCCCACCGGUGACGCCUAUAGCCAAAGAAAGGCCUCCAAGAUCAACUCCAAGUCCAUUCCAAAAUUUGGCAAAGCAAACGUCCAUUUCCAAGGACAAUGCCGGCACUCUACAAUUCACCGACGACCUCGAAAUCUGCCAGGACGAGAACAACCGCCCCGCCGAGUUCGGCCGCGGCGUCUGGAGCAUAGUAUACAAAGCGCGCUCAUUGCCACGCCCGCAAACCAAUCUCCCCGGCACACCCCCAAGCUCCCCAACCUCAAGAUCGCAAGUGCUAGCCGUGAAAGCACCACUGCGCCGCGAUGCGCGCCCAGUUCUCAAAGCCGAAGCAUCAACCCUAACCCGCCUCACCUUCACCCAAGGCCACGAGCACUACAUCGUCCCCUUCCACGGCUACAGCGCCGAGCUUAGCGCACUAGUAAUGACCGCCGUCCCCUCCUCCCUGGCACUAUACAUCGAAGAGCAAUCCCAGCUCGCGCGCACCCGCAGACCCGCAACAGCAACAAUGUUCGACCCCGUCCAAGGCCCAGCCUCGUACCAGGAGCUCGCGCGCAAGCUUAUCGCCGGCCUGAACUGGCUGCACCAAGUCGCCGGCGUCGUGCACGGCGACAUCAAACCACACAACAUCCUCCUCCGACCCAUCGACACAGACGAGUGCAGCGAGAACCCCGAGUUCCCUUACGAGCCUCUGUUCGCAGAUUUCUCCGCCACCGUUGAUAUUCCGACGGCCGAUGCGCCGCUCGAUACCACGCGCGCAUCCAUGCCCUCGUUCACGCCGCCGUUCACGGCGCCGGAAAUGCUGGCUUCCCUCACGUCUACUGAGAUGGCGCCGACGCCUGCGUCGGAUGUCUUCUCGCUGGCGGCUACGCUGCUUGCGACUGCGACGGGCGAUUUGCUGCUUUAUCCUAAUAUGAACCAUCGGCUCAGGCUCGAGAUGGCGAGGGCUGGGCAUCAGAUUGUGGAUUUUGCGAGGUCGGGUAUGAAUGGCAGUCGGGUACCGAGGAAUGGGUUCGUUGAGCGCAUUGUUAAGCCGGCUGUUGUUAAGGAUCCGGCGAUGCGCAUUACGACGCCUGAUUGGGUCGAGCUUGCGUCUGCUUGA